AGUCAGGCAUCCUUCCUUUUGGUCCCAGGCUGCACGUAGCUGCGGCGGUCUGACAACAUAACGUCUCCAGAAGUCAACUGUUGCUGGAUUAUUGGUUGUGAUUUUUAUUUUGGAGGGCACUAACCACCCGACAAUAUGCCCAUGUACCAGGUAAAGCCCGUCUUUGGGGUUGACGUAAAGAUUAAUUUGCCAACCUGCAUGUACAAGUUACAGAAUAUCCACGGGCAGGGAAGUGCAAGUGGCUGCUCCGAACAUGCGCUUCAGAACGGAGGGACAGAGGUGGACCCUGCGUUCAGAGACCUGGAGGCACGUCAGGAUGAGAUAAUGCGCAGACUCUAUGAGCUGAAGGCAGCCGUAGACGGCCUAGCCAAGACCGUGACCACACCGGACGCUGACCUGGACCAGACAGUGACCUCUCUCUCCCAGAGCCCCACAGCCUUCAGAGGCACUGCAGACCUGGACUCCCUACUGGGCAAGGACCUGGGUGCCCUCCGGGACAUUGUGAUCAACGCCAAUCCGGCACGACCGCCCCUCACCCUGCUGGUGCUCCAUGCAAUGCUAUGCCAUCGCUACCGGGUGCUCUCCAGCGUGCAUGUCCACUCGUCAUUGUCUGGUGUGCCCGCGCAGCUCCUCUCCUGCCUGGGGCCGCGCCACACAGACAGCUACGUCCGCCAGAGUUUCCAGCUGGGCUUCACCCUUAUAUGGAAAGAUGUCCCCAAGCUGCAGAUGAAGUUCAGCAUCCAGAACAUGUGCCCCAUCGAGGGCGAGGCCAACGUGGCACGCUUCCUGUUCCGCCUCAUUGCCCCUUACCCCAGCGACCCCACCCUGGCUACACUGGUGGACAGUUGGGUGGACACGGCUUUCUUCCAGCUGGCCGAGGGCAGCGCUAAGGAGCGGUCUGCCGUACUCAGCGCCCUCAACAGCGCUUUGGGUCGCGACCCCUGGCUGGCCGGUCCCGAGUUCUCGCUGGCUGACAUCGCCUGUUACUGCUGCGUCCUCCAUACAGGCCCCGCCUCCUCCUCUCCGGCCAACGUCCAGCGCUGGCUUAAAGCGUGUGAGAACCUGGGCCACUUUGGCCCGGCCCACCCUCUACUGCAGUGACCACAGCUGCCUAGCAGAUCUGAGGGCGCUUCCAGGGAGUAGGUAGAAGAUACCCCCUAACCACUGAUCCAGAGUCAGAUAUUGCCCCAGUCCCCUUGUUGGGAAUAGGAGUUUGGUGGUGAAGUAGUCGGAUCCUAGAUCUGUGUGUACGGGUGACUUCUACCUGGAGCGCCACCAGGGCCCAGCCUAUGGGGUUUAAAUAUAUCUCUGCACUGUGCUCAGAACGAAAAGAGAAAAAUGGAAUACCCAGGCCACGUCCCAAUACUCUAUAAAUUCUCCCUUGCUCACUUGGGUAUCUAAGCUUCGCAAUGACUGAACAGAUAUAGAUAGUGAAAGCAGUAUGGUGGAACCGGAAAUGUCAUUGUUUCUGCCACAUUACUUUCACCUGUUUUUAGUCAUUGUGGAUUGUUGAUUUCUUGAAGGGAGCAUUUUAAGAUGAUUUGGACACUGCCAUGGUCAAGAAUUGAAUUAUAAGCUAUGAAAAAUACAGUAAACACACAUGCACACAUAGAUCUCCCUCCCACCUCGUGCCUAACAAGAUGAUCUAAUGAGAUGCUGUGUGUUUGUGUGUCAUAAUGGGGUGUUACUUGCUGUUUAACAAAAGAAGCGGUUGAAAAUUGUGAUGCAACAGGACCUACUGAUGUGAUAUCUACAGUACGAGAAGUAAAACUUUGUAGAGUUUUUGUUCUUAAAUCACUAAAAUGUCCACUUUGGAUCAAACUUUGAA